CGGCUGCUGUGGGCGGGCCUGUGGCCUUUCCCCCUGCAUUCUGGAGCGCAGAGCCACUGCCUUUGCUGCUGCUGCAGCUGCUGUCCCCUCCUUCUUCUGCUUCCAACCACUCGCUGCUCCCCUGCCCCAGCUGUUCUCUCUCCUGGCCAUGACCACAGCGAUCCCCAGGACCCUGGCCCAGCUCUGAGUCCAGGGGCCCUUGGUCCCCCCUCUUGGGCCAUGGCCAACUCGGGUCUCCAGCUGUUGGGCUACUUCCUGGCCCUGGGAGGCUGGGUGGGCAUCAUUGCCAGCACCGCCCUGCCGCAGUGGAAGCAGUCUUCCUAUGCAGGCGACGCCAUCAUCACGGCUGUGGGCCUCUACGAAGGACUCUGGAUGUCCUGCGCCUCACAGAGCACUGGUCAGGUGCAGUGCAAGCUCUACGACUCACUACUCGCCCUGGACGGUCACAUCCAGUCAGCACGAGCCCUGAUGGUGGUGGCCGUGCUCCUGGGCUUCGCGGGCAUGGUCCUCAGUGUGGUGGGCAUGAAGUGCACACGAGUUGGAGACAGCAACCCCAUUGCCAAGGGCCGCGUGGCCAUCUCCGGGGGUGCCCUCUUCCUUCUGGCAGGUUUGAAUUUGGCCCAGCUCUGUUCGUGGGCUGGGCCUCGGCUGGCCUGGCCAUGCUGGGAGGCGCCUUCCUCUGCUGCACGUGCCCGGAGCCCGAGAGAGCCAACAGCAGCCCACAGCCCUACCGCCCAGGACCCUCCACUGCUGCCCGAGAGUACGUCUGAGCCCUGCCAGCCCCAAACGGCCCUCCUGCCCAGCGCCCCUCGCCCAGCACUCCAGCCAGCCCUGACAGCAUCCUGAACAGGGCAGAGGACGUCCCCCAAGCCCCAUUGGGGACUCUGAGAACUUGGUCCUCAACACAUACAUACUCACUCUGCCAUCUGAGACCCAGACACUGAGAAAGACACCAGAGGCAGGACCCCCCUCCCUCCAGUAUGCAGCACAGGUGCCACUGUGCUGCCACAGCCGUGGGCAGCCCUCAGGCACCAGCCCAGAGGGCGGCCUUAUCACCCAUCUACUUACUUUCCACAUUUACCCUGUGCUGGGCCCUGAGGAUCCUACUGUGACCAAGAUGGAUGCUAGCACCCAGUACCUGGGGUGGGCACAGCCCUCCCCCCACUUGCGUUCCACUCAGUACCCAGAUAAGUGACGUCCCGUGUUACGUGCUAGCACCCUGAGGGUCCGAGAGACCAAAAGGCUCAGCCCUGCUUUCUCUGAGCGUCGGUCAUGGGCUCACCCGGUCCCUGACACAGCCUGGAAACCCAUACAGAUAGCUAGGUCAAACGGUGCCACCCACACCCUGGUAAUAGGCCCCAAGCAGGGCUGCUGUGAAGGCCAAGGUCCACGGCACUGGCCAGGCCCUGUGUCCGGGCCUGAGCUCCACAGCCCCCGUGUCCCCCGCUGCUGCUCACCCCACUAAUCAGCUCUCUCUCUUUUGACUUUCAGACCUGUUGUUAAAUUGCCCGUCUCCACCAAGGGCCCCCUGGGUGUGUAAUGUCCAAACCCCUCGCUGGGCCGUCCCCCUGCCACACCUAGUCUGUGUGCUUGGUAUUUUUUGGAAAGAGAAGUGAACACUCA